CUGAAAAGCUGUCGACAUGACCGGCAGAGGCAAGGGCGGCAAGGGACUCGGAAAGGGUGGCGCCAAGCGUCAUCGCAAGGUGUUGCGCGACAACAUCCAGGGCAUCACCAAGCCGGCCAUCCGUCGUCUGGCUCGUCGCGGUGGCGUCAAGCGCAUCAGCGGCCUCAUCUACGAAGAGACGCGCGGCGUUCUCAAGGUGUUCCUGGAGAACGUUAUCCGCGACGCCGUCACCUACACCGAGCACGCCAAGCGCAAGACCGUCACCGCCAUGGACGUUGUCUACGCUCUGAAGCGCCAGGGACGUACUCUGUACGGUUUCGGCGGCUAGACACCUCCAGCGGACGGCGCGGUAGCGGCCCAUUGGCAAACAGGCCUUUUUGAAGGCCAAAUA